AUGGGACGAACUUCAAAAUUCUCAUUUCCCAUUCCUGGGCGCAAGCGUAGUUCAAGUAAAGAACAAGCAUAUCAAGUACCUCCACCACCAUCCAAGAUAUCUUCAGGGAACUUAUCAAAAGCCGAACAAAUUCUGGGAACGGGUACUAUCGAAUCGGGGGAUUGGAGGAGACCUGGAUCUAGAUCGAGUCGAAUUAGCAUUUCUAUAUCAGAAUCAACACAUUCGACGGUUCAGGAUGGUAAUGAUUAUGAUCAAUGGGAUGGGGAAUCGGGCGUUUUUCCUAGGCAAACGAAUUUGAGAGGACAGGCUUCAUCUAAUGCAUUGGGUCAGCGUUUUGGAGAAGAUAUGGCUACGGAAACUUCUAGUACAACACAUCGAUUGAGAAAUGAAAAUUCUACAUCUACCUUGAAAUCAUAUUAUGAUCGACAAAAGUUACCGGCUGCGAUAUCACAACAAACUUCUGCAUCAUCUGCACGAGAUAUGGCUCUUCGAAAAGGACUUGCACCAGUUGUGAGUAGGAGUCCACUCUUACAAGUCGAUUCCGUGGAUCCUUGGGACCAAGCUGGUCAAAGUCUAUCGAGUAUGAAUGAUAAUCAUUUGGGAUCACCGGAACGAAAGAAGUCAGUGAGGGCGGGUAUAUCUUCGUUGUUUCAUAGGUCAGAAAGAAGACCUUCGGCAGCAUCACAAAAUUCCUACGACUCUUCCAAGCAAAGUACCUCACUUCGAAAUAGACUUGUCAAAGCAGCUUCGAAAGAAUCAUUACAUCCACAAAGGCAGCAUAUUCUGUCAACAAAGUCCAGGGACCAAAGGGAACAGAAACAAAAUUAUGCUAAUCCCGACGACUCACAUGAUUACUAUGAACAAUCAACAAGAAAUGCUCACAUGAAGGCGAUACCAGAAUCGAACGUCCCGGAAAUCUUUAAUCUAUUCCCUAGCACGUCAGAGAAUAGUAAUAGUCGUCAACCUGGAUCGCUAAAUUCAGAGAAACGGGAAGGACAUCGAAGACUGGAAGAUUUACAUUCUAGCUCUGGAGAAAAGGAAGCAUUUUCGUGGAAAAACGUACGUUCAAAUAAGAAUGGAAAUUUCCGCAAUAGUAUGAUCUCUCAAAGCACAGGUCAUUCCAGUUUGGGUAUAUCCAGUACCGGAAGCAUAUCCAGUCAUAACACCAAAACGUCAAGGCAAACCGGGGGAAGUGUUUUCUCGAGUGCGGAUCUACAACAAAGCAGUGUAUUAUCAUUAUCCUCUGAUUCGGAAGACGAUUUAUCUGACACUGAACCAUCGAAAUCUCGUGAUAAUAUAUCCAUUGGAAAAGCUCCUUCACAUGCCGAGAGCGAAAUAAUUCCUCCUGCACUCCAAAAUCGUCUAAGUACUACGAAAAAUCUUUCAAGAAGACCAUCAGCAAUGAAAACCUCAUCAUCCACAAGGAAGUCAAGUGAACAAUCAAAGGCAUUUUUGACAAUUCCGGAACCGAAUGGAGGAUUAUCAAAAUGGCCAAUGCCACCAAGUAUCACAAGGCAAGAUUCUAUGAAUUCACAAGAGUCUGGGCCAACUUCAUCUCUCAAGCCCAAGAAAUAUAUCCCACAACAACAACAGCAACCAACACCGCCAUUAUCUCCCAAAGAAAUUGAUGCCGAAACGGAUUCUAUUCAUACAACAUCUAGUGGUCGCAUGAUGCAAGUUACUCAACAAGAAGAAGCACUUCUUGAAGCGCUACGUCAAAAGAGAGCACGCAUGAGAGAAAAGAUUAUUGAAGAACAUCAAGCGGAAGGUGGAGUAAGUAAAUCACCGCCGAGGUCGACGGGGAAUCGAGCUUCAUCAAGAUUCUCCAAAGCGAGUACGGCGAGUACGAUUAGACCGGGAACGGAAAAGGUGCCAUUGAUUCUUGAUGCGCCGAUUAUGAAGGGGAAGGGAAUGGGAUUCGGAGGUAGAUAUGGGAUAGGAAUCGAAUAUGGACAACCGAGUCCAGAUUUGAGUGAUUUUUUGAGUAUGGGAAGUGAGGAAUUUGAAGAUGAUGAGACGCCGACGAAUAGUCGAGGGGUUUCGAGGAAUGAGGUUAGGGGAAAUGGAAAUGGAAUUGGGAGUGCGAUUGAUGUACCGCAAUUGAAGAGACCGGGUACGCCACCACAACAUGAUCCGAGAUUUGCAUCUUUGGUGGUGGAGAAGGGGAGUAGAAAUGAGGAUCAGAUGAAGAGAAAUCCGAGCAUGGGGAAAGUGAGAUUUGUGGGGUGA